AACACCGCGCAUGCUUGGUCAGUGUGCGCUACGCCCGUGGAUUGCCGGUAUGACAGAUUCCUAACCUCGAAACUGUCACUUUUCAGCACGUAAUAACUUUUUUUCUACUUGAGAGCGACGAUUUUCCUUCUCGCAAUCGUGUUUUAGGACCAAAAUAUACAUUUCUACCAAGUUUGAAGGAAAUCGGAGAGGAAGGAGCUUUCCUUCACAAUUACCAAUAAUUCUAAGAAGCUUAAAAGUGAAUGUAGGUAGCGCUGCAAAUUGACGAGUGUCGUUAGAUUGCCGGCGUGGCUGCUCUCGUCCUUUUCUUCUUCUUUUUUUUCUUAUUUGCCUCACACCCUUCACACGCACGCACACAUCGACCGAGCGAUCGCCCGACGCCCUCUGCACACCCUAGGGAACAACUUGAGCUACUAUAUGCAUACUUCACCUUGCGCAGCAUUGCAUAGUGAAAUUUAUUCAAUUUCGGGGUCGCCUUUUCGUUUUCCUACCCCCUCCCUUUGCCCUUCACUUCGCCUCGUUUUGCCCGUGCGCGAAAUUGUUGACUGUUGCAAUUACCUGCAGCAGCUUUGCGAUCUCCUCGGCAGCAUGUUUUUAUUCACGACGAUCGACGAGUAUGUACACAUGAAGCAACCAGCUUUCCAGCUGGUUAGCUUUUAGGUUAGAAUUGUCAGAGAAUGCAUCGCACUGAAAAACUGUCGAGUGAAAGUGCGCGUCGUCGGGAAUUCCGACAAGGUGAACACCGACGCCGUCACUUACGAGCACCCUGAACAGAGCGGUGUUCUAGGAAACAUCUCUCGAAAAGGAAGUGUCGGUGUCGGUUUCUCGCUGGGUGAUCCUUGAACAUCGGUGUUUCUCGCAUAAAAGAUGACAAAAACAAAGCCUGCAGCAUUAGAUACCUGACUGAACAAGAAAAAUAUAAUGGCAGAGGAAGAAGGCAUUGAAUGGCUUCAGGAGCUGCUGCAUGAUGUGCAGCUCUCCCAGUUUUUCACGCGAAUACGGGACGACCUGCAGAUCACUCGCCUACAUCACUUUGACUACGUUCAGCCGCAAGAUCUGGAAAAAAUCGGUCUGGGCAAGCCUGGUGUUAGACGACUGCUGGAUGCGGUGAAAAAGCGACGUAGUGCUCAAUGGAAGAAAAGUCUGAUUACCAAAAUUAAACCCGGCAGCAGCAGUAAAAGCAAUAAGCGAUCCUCGCAGUCUAUCGAGACCUCCUCGGUGCUGACGUGUCUCAUACAAGACAAGGAUGUCACACUGUCCGUUAAGUUGGGCGAUGGAAGCUUCGGUGUAGUUAAAAGAGGGGAAUGGACCUCUCCCUCCGGACGGACUCUUCCGGUUGCCGUGAAAGUCUUGAAGGCGGAUGCUCUUACGCAGCCUAGUGUCAUAGAAGACUUUGUUUCCGAGGUUCAAGCGAUGCACACAUUGGAUCAUCACAAUCUCAUCAGGCUAUAUGGCGUGGUACUGUCACAGCCGAUGAUGAUGGUGACUGAGCUUGCGCCUUUGGGCGCGCUACUCGAUUAUCUGCGGCAGCAGUGCAGCAGAAUCUCCAUUCUCACGCUUUGCAAUUACGCGCUGCAAGUCGCCACGGGUAUGGCGUACUUGGAAGCGAAGCGCUUUUUGCAUCGCGACCUGGCGUGUAGAAAUGUCCUGCUGAGCACUGUCGACAAGGUGAAAAUCGGUGACUUCGGACUGAUGAGAGCGCUCCCUCAGCAGGAAGACUGUUACGUCAUGACUGAACACAAGAAGGUACCGUUUCCCUGGUGCGCUCCCGAAUCUCUGAAAGCUCGACAAUUCAGUCACGCAUCGGACGUUUGGAUGUUUGGCGUAACGCUGUGGGAGAUGCUAACGUUCGGGGAAGAGCCCUGGUUGGGGCUGAAUGGUUCGGAGAUACUGCGGAAGAUUGAUCGCGAAGGUGAACGACUUCACGAGCCGGAGGCGACACCCCCGUACAUGUAUGAGCUAAUGCUUCGUUGUUGGGCGAGAGAGCCUUCGGACAGGCCGACGUUCGCUUUCUUGAAAGAAUCGUUGACCGGAAUGGUGCCAUCUGUAAUGAAAGCCUUAACCACCUUCGAGGAGACCGGCAAAAUGACCAUCGACGCGGGAGAUCAGAUCGCGAUAAUCGACGGGCGCCCGGAGAACUAUUGGUGGAAAGGCCAGAACCAGCGAACCUUUCAAAUAGCGCACUUUCCGCGCUGUUUGGUUGACCCGAUGCGGCGGAAACAGCCGGAAGACAUUAGCAAGCCGUUAGAGAAUUCAUUCAUUCACACGGGGCACGGAGCGCCCUUUGGCAAGAGUUGGGGCAGCCCGGUCUACAUUGAUGACGUUUACCUAAGGAAUCCAAUGGAUCCUCCGGAUGUGUUGGUGGCAGCCUCGUCAGAUAGUCAGAAGAAGAAAUUUUCUUGCGGUACUCCGCGCACCAGAAAGCAAUUUAAUUACACGAAGCUGCGCAAUGACGCCAAAUCGAGUCCCAUCAAAAGCUCACAGUCAACGUCGGUUUCAGGUACCAACCAAGAGGGUACUCUGAUCGAUCUGUCCGCCGAGGAGUUAGCGAGCGAUAACGCGCACGAGCAAGAGGCUGCGUGUAGACGAGUGGUUAACAUUCUGGACGAGCCUAUCGAGAGCGAGAGGUUCUCUUGGCAGGACGAGGAAGGCAGAACGUACGCUAACUUCCCCGGUAACGUGGAUCCCGCGUAUUCCGAUCCCUUCGACACGUCCGCGGUGUUUAUGAAACCGCCACAUUCGCGAUAUUAUAGUCACGUGCCCACUGAAGUAGCUAGUCGUUACAUGAAGACACAGACAUACAGCAAUGUCAAUAACCAGGAGGCAGGAGAGUCCAGUCAGGAUGCUGCGAACUGCUUCAUCACUAAUUCCACUGACGCAGAGGAAACUCAUCAGUACUCUGUAAAUUUGAACAAAGAGAGUCGGCAGGACACGAUAAACCUGAACGUGAACGUGGAGGGUGCCGACGGUGCUGCAGGUCACUACAGCGAAAUAGAUAAAGUUAGUCCGCGGGGAUCGAGCUGGUCGACUUGGCCGGAAGAUCUACGGAAUACUUCCGCUGCGCAAACGUAUGUCAAUAUAGGCGGGGGCUUCGUGCCGUCGUUCGCGGCACCAAUCCCGCCGCCUCCUCCCACAGUUGGACCGAACCAAGCGAGCCCACCGAAGCCCAAGUCCAAUUGUGAUCUCGCACAAAGCAUGAACGAGCUAUCGUUGAACUCCAAUUCUAGUACUAGUGUCGCAAAGAAGUUGGACCCGAGUUUUUUGGCCGAGUUAGAAAAGCAUUUGGGUGAGAAGGAGGCAACCAAAAAUACGAACGCCAAUAGCGGAGAGACUCAGGAGACGGGAGCCACCUGCGCGAACUACCUGCGUUACCCGUCACUGGACAAACGGCGGAAUUCCACUCAGCAGUCUUUAGGGACGGAAGACGUUGCUAGACCUUCCUCAGUCAUCCCGGCGCUGAAGCCUCCGCCGCAGGGGAAACCGAAGUCGCCGGUGACGACGAUGGAUCAUCGAGCGCCCUCGUCGUCGACGCUGCCUAAUAAGGUGCAGAAUUCUUGGCAGCCGAAAAGCAUAAACGUUCAGAGACCGCGUCUUCAGGACGAACAACGCGUAUCGGAAUCACCUACUGAUGUCAUAGUGAAUCAAAUCUGGCAACAAACGCAGACUCUGUCCCAGCAAAAUGUCUGUUCAACCGAUUCAAUUGCCGGCCGACAGACGUUAAUGCUUCUUCCGGUUGCUCAGGAAGGUGUCAAUCUACUUCAAGAAACCGCUAGCCACGUUGCUGGUGGUACCGCGAACGAUCAAGAUCAGCAUGGGCCCUCCAACGUCGCUAAGACCGCUGCUUUAAUUCAGGCACAGGCUUGCUCCUCAUCGAGUCAGAAUUAUCCUCAAAAUAUAACGAACGUUAGUCAGGACGACGUUAAUCUGCUUCAGGAAACUGCCAGCAGCUGUCAUAUUGCUGGCAGCAGUACAAGCGAGCCUCGCCAUGGACCCUGCAACGUCGCAAAGGCUGCGUUUAAUCAGAUACAAACCACCUUGUCAAAUAGCCAAAGUUAUCUUCAGAAUUCAUUGGGCGUCGGCCAGCAGAGCACUUUCAGCUCCUCGCAGAUUGUCGCCAGUAAUAUUACCUUUAAUGGCAUGAACGAAUCUCAGUACGGCGCGGCCAAUAUCUUCAAAACGAAUCAGAACUACCUUCACAACGCGUCAAGCACUUCGGUAAACUUCGGUCUUCUCCAAACAACCGCCAGUUAUAUUUCUGGUAGCUUACCAUUAGGUCAGAAUUAUUCGCAGAGCCCAAUAUCGGUCCUUAAUCAGACCCACCUACAAAAUCAUCCACCAAUGUCAUCGAGCAUGAGUAAUACUCACGGAAUCACUCAUAUACAGAAUAAUUUGCAGCAACCGCAACACAUGAAACCCACUACGGUUUUAUCGGAACAAGUGUAUGCCGAGCUGAAGCAGACGGUACCGAAUCUGGAGCAACUGUCUCAGAACGAAUUUAAUACUCUUUACAACAAGACUGUCCAGCAGAAUAUCCUUCGCAACUAUUACUCUAACAAUUUAAGCAACGAACCGAGCCAAAAUUACGCCCAGGAAGGAACUAGCACUCAGCAGCAACAGAAAGCUGUCGUCGGCAAAAAUCAGCCUGUUCAAGGGCAUCCCUGCGACUUUAGUUCUUAUCUGAAACAACCGCCGGUUUACAAUCCGCCACCCCCUCCAACCUGGAGCCCGCAUAAGUCUGGUCAGAACGGUUACGUGCAGAACCAUCGUCCUGCGGCGAAGUGCAACCUAAGCGGGCCCUCUAAUCUGCUGCAAAUUGAAACUUCCACUGGUGCCAAGACGACGAGCGAUCUAGCUGCUGCCAAGAUAAACACGUUGCAGGUCAAUCAGCACCCUGUCGGUACCAGUCCGCCACUCACUGCAGCUUCCCAGCAAUUGGUGAUGUCUUUGAGCGACGAAUUCAGAGCGAGCAAGAUCAUGAAGGUGCAGCGGGACGCUGCGGAUGCGUCGCAACAGGAAGUGCUAGCUGCCCUGCAAGCGACUGGGUGGGACACGAAUCAAGCAGCCAAACAGAUCGCAAAGGAUAGACAGGCGAAGAUCGAGAGUCUCGUCAGGUUGGGUUUGGCUAAUAGACAACAGUGCGAGAGUGCUCUGAAGCGGACUGAAUACGAUGUAGAAAUGGCAGCUUCGUUAUUGCUCGAUCAAGCCAGAUGAGGAAUGACAAUGAUCAAUUAAGACUUCCUAUAACGAGUGCUGUAACGAUGCGGAUUGCGGAUAUGCGUUUAAUUUAUGAAUAAAAGCCGCACACGGGAACUAUGUCAUGCAGAAAAAGAAGGUCCAUUAAGGAAAUGAAGCGAUUGGGCGUGAAUUUCUCUGUUGAAUUUCUGCAUUCCGAUCUGCAGCAUAAUUUAGCAUUAAAUUAAACCGAUGUUUACUGUUUGAACAAGCUAAAAUGAUUGUUGCGCAUAAUCGAUAGAUGAUGCUGGCAGGAGGUAUCGCUAGCAUAAUAUUACUCUUAAGAUGUAAUGAACAUAAAUCUGAAACUGUGAUAUAUUGCUGAUCUUUAUCUGGAUUUACGAUAACGAUCCUCUGUUAAUGAAUUUUUAGGACUGUCCAUGGUUCAUGGUAAUAUGUAGAGGUGUUGAAAGUAAUUUUGAUAUUAAGUAAUAUUUAAUAUAUGUAAUAGCAAAUUUUAAUCUAAUUUUUUGAGUGAUUUCUAGGGAAUCAUUAGUUUUUGGCGAACAUCUAUUUUUGAGAAACUAGACUUGCCAACAAAUUCCAGCAUUUUAUCUGAUAUUUUUUCGUACAAGUUUGUGCACAGUAUGUACUUGUUGUCUGUACAUCUAUUGAUGUGUCAUGUAAAUUGCGUAUGUAAAUUGAUAUUGAAACACUUUGAUAUUUUUUUAUUAUCUCGAAAUGCUUAAAACGAUCAAGGCCAAUUAUUUAAUCACUUAUCUUUUUACUAGAGUUUUGAUAUAUUCUUUUUUGGCGUUAAUAAUUAAAUAAUAUCAAUAAUAGCAAUAAGAUUGUUUAAAAUUCUUAAUAACUUAGAUUUUUUUGAUAUUUAAUAAAAAUAUAUAUCAGUAUGAAUAAAUAAUUUCUAUGAUAGUUUACAAAGAAACAAGCUUACCUGCAAAAGAAUUCAAUUGUAAAAAAGGUUAAAAGUAAUGGAACUAUUAGUAGUCCAAAGAUUUUAAAACCCAAAGAUUUGAAAAUCUGCAUAUUUUUUAAUUAAUGGAUUUGAGUAUCCAUUAUUUUUAAUAUCCAUUUAUUAAAGAAAACAGUUUCUUUAUUCCAUAAUUUAGAGAUCAGGUAUCUAAAGACUUUCAAAAGUUAUAUAUGUAACACAAUCUAUAUACUUCAAUAGAAAGUAUAAUAAUUUUAAGAAAAGUGGCAAAUAGGGAAUUGCAAGUUUAAAAAAUUUACAAUUGCGCAAAAAGUUUAAAAAUUAGGGAAUUCAGAUCUGAAUAUAAAAAAUAGAAUCUUAACAUCGUCAUACAUGCAAUGAAAGUUGUUAAGAGUUCAAAAAUUGAGAAUCUAAAAGAUUCAAUCUUAAAAAUUCAAGCACAGCCUAAACAAUUAAGAAUUUACGGAUUGUAGAAUUUAGAAAUUUCGAUUCUUGGACAUCCAAGUAUGCAAUUUGAGAUACAAUAGCAGAAAAAUCCACGUAUUGGAGAUUAACGAAUAAAUAAUAAUUGUUAUAAUAAUAUUGUUGAUUAAUAUUGUGAAACAGCGUAGAUUACAAAAGUUGCGCGUGCACGAGUGAACAGAUGUUAUUGCAAAUCCAGAUGGAGGUUAAAGAAUUUAAAUGGUAUUAUCAUGACAUAAUAGUUUUUCUUCUCAUAUUUGUCGAAUAAUAUCAAGAGAGAUAUUUUAUUAUGUAUAAACUGAACGAGGAUGUGUAUACGCACACACACAUAUACGUACACGAUACACCUAUACACAAAUUACAUACAGUGAAAUGUUAACAUAAUUUUUUAUUUAAGCUUACACUCGACAUUAUACCCAUUCCUUUAUGUCUUUAGGUUGCCUAUUUUGUUUGACGAACAAAUAAUAUGGAUAAAUAAGAAGCUAUAUCCAAAUAUUGUUGAUUUACAUAUUUAAAUAGAUACGCAAGAAUGCUCA